AUGAUGAUUCUGCACCCUUACGGCAACCCACAACACUCGCACUCUCACGCACCUCCGCCGUCCAUCUCGGUGACCACUUACUACCCUCCCAAGCUCCCUUCGACCUCGGCCCCAGACGUCUCCUUCGUGCCGAGCUCUGCACUGCGCAAGGCGGGGACGCAACGAGGGGCGCGCGGUCAUUAUAGUAAACAGGAGGGUAAGGUGACCAUUAUUCUGUCCGACCAGAAUGAAGGCGCAGCCGUCCCGGUGUAUACGACUAAUGAUAUCGUGAAUGGGUUUGUGUCCAUCCACGAUCCCUCAGAUGUGCUUCAUGUGGAGCUGAUUAUGGAAGGUUACAUUCGAAUACGAGAAAUAGCGGAAGGCAGGCCGGCGGACCAGCUGCUUUUCGGUGAAACGUUGAUCUUAUGGGACGCCGGCGACGGGGGAUUGCCCCCAGUCUUACAAUAUUUCCGCCGAGCCAUUCCGACGCACUACACCGACGACGAUAACAAGCGCCACCCCCUGCCGCCGACAUACCAUAUCCGUCUCAACGGCAUACCUGGGUUCAAUGUAGCAGUGGAGUACUAUCUGCUCUUGACUGUUACAAGAAGGGCUAUGCUGCGACAGCGGACAAGAAGGAUAAGGAUUCCGUUUCUGUACAGACCACGCCUGACCCCGAAGACGUAUCCGCCCCUGCCUGCUGUGCCGUUCGCCUCACCGUCAGACCCAGCAAGGGUCUUCGUCGGGUCCAUGAUGCCCCGCGAUGAUCAACAGCUCAAGCCCAUCACCGUCUACCUGUGCCUGCCCUCCACCCGGGUAUGCAGCUACAAGGAACCAAUCCCGUUCCGCAUUAGGCUCGCCGGCCCUCCGGAGUCGCUCGCGCCCUUUAUGUUCGUUCCGCCCCCCGAAUCGUCGAUCCACCCCAUCACGCCGGACGGCCCGCUGUCUCAGUAUCUACCCUCCGGGCCUACGGAGACGGCGAAGGCACUCAAGUCGCUGCGGGGGUACAUGUCCAAGCGGCAGCAGUGCGACCUCGCGGACUUGAUCCGCAUCCGCCUCGACCGGCAGACGUUCGUGCUGGGCGAGACGUCGCUGUGCGCGGACGGGCAGAUGUCGACGGUGAAGAGUAUAGGUGAAGGUGUAAUCUACGAGACGGACCGCGCGAAGAGCUGGCUCGGAUGUUCCGGGAGGAUUGAAAUCCACCGGGAGGUCGACUGCGGGUCGUUUGUGGCGACGCGGUUGAUCGUGGCGGAUGCGGUCGUUUUAACCAUUGCGCUGCCCGGGAGUAACAGCGGUCGUGCUCCAUUCCAGCGGUAUCAACAGGCAGUGCCCAUACGCCUGGUUGCGGAUACUGAGCCAGCCCGUGCUGGGCUUACUCGGAUGAAGACCGUGCACUACUGA